UGCUGCCUUCUGGGGCAGCACCAGAGCUCCUGGCUUCUGCUCCCUGGAAAAGCUUUGGUGGAAGAGGCAGCUUGGGUGGGAUAGAUGGGGCAGGGAGCGUCUGACAGAGCUUUUGUUCCCUUGUGCAGCUCACAAGGAGUUGCUUUUAUUGGGCAGAAGUGAGCAGCUCAGAGAGGUGGAUGGUGCUCACAGGUGGUGAUGCAAACAGGAGACCUCAUCCAGGAGGGGUGGGAUCCAUUUCAGAGGGCUCUGAAAUGAUCUCCAGAGGGGUUUCUCCACUGGGGAAUGAGAGCUGGGGAAGUUCUGGAAGGGAGUGGGGACAAAGCUCUGCAGGAAGUGCUGGUGUGGGGGACAAUGGUCAGGUAUCCCCAGCAAAACUCUUACAAGGCAUCCUGGCAGCCCUGUCACCUGUCUCCAUGGAUCCAUGGAAUGGUUAGGGAUAGAAGGGGCCUUAAAGCUCCUCUUGUUCCACCCCCUGCCAUGGGCAGGGACAUCUUCCAUUAUCCCAGGGUGCUCCAAGCCCUGUCCAGCCUGGCCUGGAACACUUUCCUUCCUUUCCACUUCACUUCCUAGUCCCUCACUGUUGGAGUAAAUCAGCUGAGACUCCAUUUCCUUCAUGCAGAAAGCAAAUUCUUUAUUCACAAAGCUCAUGUUUGUAGGAAAUAUCAGCACUGUAUUAAACCCAAUUUGUCAGCAAUGCAGUGAAAUUCAGUUCACUGGUCAGUAAGGGCUGUUGUAUAUGUCUAUCAAAUUUUCUCUCUCUAGAUAUAUUUACAUUUUUCCUUUGUGGAUUCUCAUGGGGCAAAUUUUAUUAUUUACACAGGUGCAUUUGUUUUUCAUCCUCAGAAUAGAAUGUUGUGUUAAGGAACUUCUGAUUCUCAAAAUAGCUUCACAUGGCAACUUGCAAAUUGCUUGUUAGCUGCACCUAGAAGAAAUGACAGGCCAGCUUUGGCAAUUUGAUUUCAUAAGGCCUUUCUUUUAUAAUUCUUCUACCUGUCUCCAACAUCUCACCCUUUUCAUUAAUUUAAAAAAGGCUCUGUUCUGGUUUUAAAACAGCUUGCUCUUGGGAGGGUAUUAUCUCAUUAAGGUUAUCACUGGUUAUCUGUUAGAUAUGGGAUGAAAGGCUGAAUACAAUCAACAAAGCUUAUCAAAUUCUAUCAAGUCACUGACACAGCAUGAGAAAACAAAAAAUUAAUGUCCAGUGUCUCUUAGGGAAAUGGAGAUAAAUGACCAUUGUUUUAAAGUCAAAUAGUUGAGACUCAGGAGAAGGUCCAUUAGCUGGAAGUGUUGAUCUUUGACACCACUGAAUGUCCUCCUGGAUCCUGGAACAGGGAAUAGCUGAGGAAGGUUAGCAGGAGCACUACACUGUGAUGAUGACAUGAGGCUUUGCUGGCAAAUUGCCUCUGUGGUUUGCAGACACAGCUGAGCCUUGGCAGUCCUGCUUCUGUCCCUGCUCUGGCCACGAGGGCUGCAGGGUGAUGGGGCUCUUUCUCUUCCACUGGGCCUCAUUUUCCCAGAGGUGAUCAGUGAUUGAUUGAACAAACAGGUGACCCCUUCGAACCUGCUGCUGGUAAAACACAAGCACGCCCUCUCUUGAAGUCAAUGAAUCAAUUAGGCUUUGCUAAUUGAGGCACACUCAAUUGGGAUUUAGAUUUGGUGAUCUCCUUUCCAAAUUUUUGAUGCAAAUAUUGCAUUAUUCAAAAUUCUUUGUUGUCCAAAUUUCCAAUGUACGUGUUACGUUAUUUGGAUGUUCUUAAGGCACUAAAUUCUCUUUCUUUUGGCUUUUUUAAAGUGAGAUGCAUGUCUUUGGUUAUGAGCAUGAGGAAACAUCAAGGCAAAACAAUACAUGUAGUGAACAAGAAACUGACAGCAAUCAGGAAUAAGCCAGGUACAACAAUUAAUUCAGAUAAUACACAUAAUAAAUAAUACAUGUGAAAUUAGGUAAUUAGGGAUCUCUGAAACACUGUACCAUCAUUCCAGAGUCUGUGAACAGCUGACAAACCUCAAUUUAGUGAGGGCUUGGAUAAUUAUUUCCAGAUAAUAAUUCCCAAGCUCACUCUAAAGAUAGGUUCAGCUGUCAUAUCUAAGGGGUCAAAUUGUUAAGCCAAAGUGACCUGAAUCCAGUUUUGAUGCAGAAAACAUUUGGUUUAUUGACAAAUUCUCCUUCCAGGUAGAGCUAAGGCCUGGCCACAGCCCAGGCUCCAUCUGGGAGGGAAUUCCCUAAACACAUUUUAAAGCAGGGCUCUUAUGAAUAGCAGUUAUGAGUAAAGGCCUUGGGGUUGAAGACUAAUCAAACCCUCCAGUAGUUGGAUCCCUCCAAAGUUUCCUUCAGGAUAGAGAUGCUUCAAACACAGCAAACUUCUGGAGUGCUUCUGUAAUAAGUGGCAAAACCACAAGACCAGCAGUUCAGAGGAGGCUUUCAGCAAAGCUCAAGUAUCUUUUCUUGGAAGUCUGAAAAAUGUUUAAUUAUGAAACAGCAUUGGGUGAAACCAUAUAGCCAGUGAGGGACUAGCCAGAGAGCUAAGCUGGCCUAAGAGAUGCAGAAACAAAAAACAAGGAUCCUGAAACCAUGUGAGUCUUUUGGAUAAUUACACAAACAGAUGUUAAAGCAUAUAAGAAGCUAGCUAUAAAUACAGUAAUAACAUCUUAUGAAUUAUGUCUAUUAUAAAAUCAGUAAAUUCACAUUAUGUAACCAAUAUAUCAGUGGUAACCCUCUCAGGAAGUUGAGGUAACACCUUUCUGAACAGUCAUGUACCUGUGACAGCAAAAUGAAACAAAGGAAAGCACUAAAACAGCUCACAGUCAACAACAGCCAUAGUGGAGAAUAACAAGUGAGUCUUCUGUGUUAUCUGUGGAAGAUUAAACAGCAGAGAUUGUAACCAGCAAUAGAAUCUUCACAAAAUCCAGGAUGAACACACUGUAUCUUCUUUAUCCACCAACAGCUGUUUGUCAGUGUUCCAUCCCAGCUGUUUUAGUCAGAGUCAUCUUAUCUCUUAAAAGAAAACAGCUUUAUAUCUUACAGCAUAGAAAGGUAAUAUUCAACUGUCUUAGAUUGCAAUGCAAGAUGUAACCAGGUGUAUUCUAUCACCAUCUGUUAAAACCAGGUAGGGGAGUGUUCUUUAUCUCUUCCAUGACCCAUCCCCUCAUGACUCUGGGGGAUAGCUUCUCUUCAUGGGCCAGCUGUUCAACCAGGUGGGGCAGUUUUCUUUAUCUCUUCCACAACGGAUCCUCCCUCCAGGAGAAAUUGAGUGUCCCUGCCUGGCUGAUAAAAUUCCAUCAUCCCACUGGGAGAUGCUCUGCCCAGGGGGAGGAGCCAACCAUUCCUUCUUGGAUAUAAUCUGAGCCUGGGAACAGCACAGCAGCCUUUUCCACUGGAUUCCCAGAGGAACACCAGGCACCACUGGACCUUGAGAGGACAACUACAGCCUUCUACAGGAUCACCCCUUCAACAGAGCCACAUUUGUCACUCCAGGAGAGCUGCAGCCACCAUUUAUUCAGACAGCUACCACCACCCUGACCCACAGGCUGUCAGGUUGUAUCCUGACUUUGUCUGCUUCAGCAGUAACAUUUUAUUUGUGAGCUAAUUAUUUCUAAACUUUAAGGAACUGCUGCAGAUAAAAUUCAAGGUUCUAGGACUUGGUUAAGAGAUUACUUGCUGCCCAUAAUCUUGGGAGAAGAGGAGAGCUGAGCUGCAGGCACACAGGGGAGCGGGAUGGAGACGAUCCUGGAGCAGCAGCAGCAGUACCACGAGGAGCAGGAGCAGCUCAUGGACAUGAUGGUGAGGGAGAUGCUCACCAAGAAGUCCAGGCUCCAUGACCAGAUCCACUCAGACCACCACACCCGGGCCAUGCAGGACAGUUCCAUGGGAGUGAGCAGCAGCCUGUGGGAGCUGUAUGAUGACAAGGAUGGUCUGCGUGAGGAAGAGCUCAGCGCCAUUUCCGGGCCAAAUGAAUUUGUGGGGUUUUACAACAGACUGAAGCAAAUUGAGGAAUUUCACCAGAAGCACCCACAUGAGAUGUGUGUUCCUAUGUCAGUGGAGUUUGAGGAGCUGCUGAAGGCCAGAGACAACCCGAGUGAAGAAGCUCAGAAUCUGGUGGAGUUCACAGAUGAGGAAGAGUACGGACGAUACUUGGAUUUGCAUGAUUGUUACCUCAAGUACAUUAACCUGAAAUCAUCAGAGAAAUUUGAUUAUAUCACUUACUUAGCCACAUUUGACCAGCUCUUCAAUAUUCCCAAGGAGAGAAAAAAUGCUGAAUAUAAGAGGUAUCUUCAGGUGCUCCUUGAGUACCUGCAGGGUUACACAGAUCAAGUGAAACCAUUACUGGACCAGAAUGAACUUUUUGGGAAAAUUCACAUGGAGUUUGAGAAGAAGUGGGAGCAUGGCACAUUCCCAGGCUGGCCUGAGGAGACCAGCAGUGCCCUCACCUUUGCUGGUGCCCACCUGGACCUCUCAGCCUUCUCCUGCUCACCUCACCCAUGAGAACGUGCAGCGUAAGCAGGCACGGACAGGGGAGGAGAGAGAGGAGGAGGAAGAGCAGGUCAGUGACAGCGAGAAUGAAGAUGAAGAAAAUGAAAUAAUAUAUAACCCUAAAAAUCUGCCUUUUGGUUGGGAUGGGAAGCCCAUCCCAUACUGGUUGUAUAAACUCCAUGGUCUGAGCAUCAACUAGAGCUGUGAGAUCUGUGGUAACUGCACCUACCGAGGGCCCAGGGUGUUCCAGAGGCACUCUGCAGAGUGGAGACAUGCUCAUGGAAUGAGGUGCCUGGGCAUUCCCAGCACAACACACUUUGCCAGCAUCACACAGAUUGAGGAUGCAGUCUCACUGUGGGCAAAGCUGAAACAGCAGAAGGCUUCAGAGAGGUGGCAGCCCGACACAGAGGAGGAAUAUGAGGAUUCCAGUGGGAACGUGGUGAACAAAAAGACCUACAAAGACCUGAGGUGCCAAGGGCUGCUGUAGCUGUCCCCAAGUGAAGGAACACAGAGAGAAUCUGCAGAGAGAGUGGAUCUGACUUCUUCAAUUUCUGGAUUUUGUAUGUGCAUGAAUAUAGAUUUCAAGAAUACUUUAUUGUCACUUUCUAGUAAGCUCCUUAGACAUUGUUUUAGAUAAAAACCAACAAACAAACAAAAAAAAAAAGGAACAGAGGUGCAGCAGGGCAGGGGGAGGUCUGCCACACCAUCCCAUGUCUACAACAGGUUUCUUAGAUGAACAUCAAUUAAAUAUAGAUCAGCUGAUGUCAAAUGAUGGGCAGGCACUGCCCCAAAAAGGGGGAGGAGGGACAAAUCUUACUGUUUGCACAGGUGCAUUUGUUUUUCGUCCUCAGAAUAGAUUUGUGUUAGAGGAACCUCUGAUUCUCAAAAUAGCUUCACAUGGCAACUUGCAAAUUGCUUGUUAGCUGCACUUAGAAGAAAUGACAGGCCAGCUUUGGCAAUUUGAUUUCAUAAGGCCUUUCUUUUAUAAUUCUUCUGCCUACCUGUCUGCCACACCUCACUUGCUGCCCAGGGGUGUAGAGGGCAGUUCAGAGCUUCUGGCUCCUCUUGACCAGCGGGGCCUGGUGCUCUUCUCUCCUCAAAGCCAAGUUCCUUGGAGAUACUGCGCCUUCAAAUUCAGCCCCCUGACCAGUGCUGGGAGCAGAACUCUGGAGAAGCCAAAUUAUUCAUCCCUAAAAACCCCAUGCCUGUUAUUUUUUUUCUGUCUCU